UUCCCAGCUAGUACUGGUCAACCCCCAGGGCUCCCCUACGCAGGACCUAGGCCAAAAGUAGCUCCAACCUCGACACCAACAGCAAAAACAAUCAGUCAAACACCAUUCAAUGAGAUGCUCUACCGAGCGGAGAUGUUGGAGGGGCAAACGCGUUAUGUGUGUAAUACUUGUAAGUCAACAUUCCUACACUACAAUUUCCUCAUGAGCCAUCUUGCAGAGCAUAACCACCUGGCCUACACCUGCUUGCAGUGUGGAUAUGCAACUUACUCAGAGAAAGAUUACCAGUUGCACUGUCAGCUUCAUGACGGUCAGAUCUCCAAGAAAAUCAGAAGGGUAAGACCAAAGCCACCGGGAUAUUCUUCUAACUCCGACAAAGGAGCGGCACCUAGAGCUGUUGCAACCUGUCACAUCUGUCAGCGGUCCUUUGUAAACAUGAAGGGUCUAAAGGCACACAUGGUCCUUCAUUCUGCUAACUACAACAGCAUAUCAGAGAGGAGAAAUGAGUCCAGGAAGAUACCAAGAAGUAUUCUUGUUCCUGUAACAUGCUUUAGUGAGGUGACCCCUGAGCCUCUUUCUCUUGUGAAACCUACUGGAGAGCAGACCGAAGCCCUUGAUCUAACUGUUAAACCAGUUGUUGAUACUUCUGUUGAUGAGGUGCUUGACUUGAGCAUGGGUUCAAGGAGUUUUACAGACAGAGCAGAGAGUCCAGAUGUAGAAAGUUCACUUGAUAUGACAGUUAAGAGCGAUCCAGAGGAAAGUCAGGCUGUAAGUUUGCCAGAUGUGUGCCAAGUCGUGCAGCAGCUUGAUGUCCCAGAAGAACCUACUUCAUCCCCCAUCCCACUAAUAUCGGGAAAGCUUACACAUGUCAGAAAGCCCAAGAACAGCAUCAGACUUGUAGGAGCCAUUGAUGUCGAUGUGGCUAGCUUGGAAAACAAAUACAGUGUUGUCACAGAUUUGAUGGAUACUGACAGUGAUAUUUCACCAGAUGUUCCUACAUCAGCUGGUCAAGAAUCUCCGGCGAGGAGUGGGGAAGGAGAAGGUGAGCUCGGUGGUAAAUCACCCAAGAAGGCAAGAAAUUACAAGUGUUCGAUGUGCCAGUAUGCCACUGACUUCAAAGACUCGAUGGAACGACAUGAAACGAAGCAUCGCAAGUUCCGCACCUUGGCUUGUCAUGCCUGCAGUUACAGGACACCAGAAAAGAGACUCAUGUUAAGGCAUGUACUCACCAUUCACGAAAAGCAGAAGCCAUACAAAUGCAAGCUGUGCAACUAUUCUUCUGCUUAUAAGCAUCACCUGAAGCGCCAUCACACCAAACGUCACCAACGACCUCUUUUGACCUGUAACCUUUGUGAGUUUACCACUGAUGAAGCCUCAAAGCUGAAGAGUCACAGCGUUUCACACCCAGAACCUAAAGUCUAUCAGUGUAAGCUUUGUCCUAUGGUGUUCAACAGCAGUAAGCUCUUUAAAGCUCACAAGCAGAUUGUUCACCACAAGAAGAAGAAAAGCAAGAAAUCCAGCCGUGACAAAAGCCAUUCUUCAUCUAGUGUCAUUGAAUCAUCUGAGUCGAUGACGGAAGGAAAAGAAAUUGAAAGUCUUGCCAGUUCAGAAGAGCCUUCAGAGCCAGUUGUCCUCAAGCAUCCUUGUAACCUGUGCAAGUAUCAGACGGAUGAUCAGAAUGAACUGACCAUACAUCUUAGGAAAAUACAUUUUAGCAGUCAGAUCAAGGAGGUCUUGGGGGAUGUUUGCUCCACAGCGCAGUGUCCGCAGUGUGGUUACCUGACUGGGAAAGAGCAGAUGAAAGCUCACAUGCAGAUACACGACAGUGGGGAGUUCUUCAACUGCGACCAAUGCCUCUUCAAAGCUGGCAGCCAGGGAGAAGUGGAUGAGCAUGUGCAGCAGAAGCACAAGGUCAAACUGGCCCCCACCCAGAUAUGCAAGAUGUGCAACAUGCGCUUCUGGAACGCAGAAGAUUUGAAGCAGCACACGGAGAUGCAUCUCAAGGAUACAACCAUCUCUGUCAAGAAUCCAUUCCUUUGCAACAUGUGUCCUUUGAAGCUGAUGAAUCGACGCGAUGCCUUGAGGCACCUCCAGCUCCACACGGAUCGCUACCCCUUCAAGUGUCGCCACUGUGUCUUUUCCUGCUUCACCAAGGCGUCCAUUCAACGCCACCUCUCCAUCCAUCGCCAUGCCAGCAAACCCAAAUCCCUGACAGCCAUCCGAAAGAACGGUCGGAAGAGUCACUCUGUGGGUGCAAGUGGAAGCUCUGGCAGUGAGAGCGAUGUCCAGAAGAGCCAGAGGAAGAGUCAGAGCACUACAUGUUAAAGUAGCUUUAAAUUGAUCAGCGGAAGGAGAUUUAUAUGAAUACAUCCAGUCUGUAAUGUUGGACCUGGCUGAUGCUGAUAAGGGGGUAUCCUAGCCAUACACAUAUUUGUUGCAAAACGUCUUGUGUUGUUGUAGCAUAGAUAUGAAACAAAGAAUGGUGAAAUCCCAUGGAUGCAUGAUGCCUGAGAGAGAACCAAAAGACAGUAAUUGUUUUAUUUGCUAAGAGUUUUUCUCAGGACUCCAUGGGUCUUUGAUAUUGGGUAAUCAAGAAGAAUUUGGACAACCUCUCUGUGAUUCUGUUAAGAUUUUCCAUUCACGUUACAAAUGCUGGCGUAGCAGGAAUUUACUUACAAUUAUUUUGUCCGGUCUUGUAAUAUGCACAGGGGAAUUCAAAAGGAUGUUUGAAGACACCUCUUUAACCCUGUAAACAAGGAGUCUACAUUCCAUUUCCCUUAUUUUCAAUGGAGAAUCUAUGAAAUGAAAUAGCAUUUCAAGUAGAAUUAAUCUUUUGUCAAAAGAUUAUUGUGCAGUUGGGCCUACACCGUACCUACCAGUUUUUCAUGUUGAAUGGAACUACAUGUAUAUUGACAGACUUGCACAAGGUUGUACUUAUCACCUGCUUGGAGCGAGAAGGGCAUUAAAGUCCACAACGUUUGACACAAAUUUAACGCCAUUCUGGCUCCGAACAGAUAAUAUACUGUAAAUAUGUGAAGAUGAACGGGACUGGGAUGGGGUAUGCAUCCUUCAUUGUCUUUAGUGGCAUGUCUUGUUGCAAAAUAUGUGCUUCCUUUCGUUGUACAGCUCUGUUUCAUAGACACUGUUCUUCUUUCUUUGUGUUUGUGUCACCGCUAGUUUUUUCUUUGUCCAUAUCCUUGACAAAAGAAGUCCUCCUUUCGUUGUAUAGCUUUCUGUCAUAUUCACAGUUAACCAACCUAAACAAGUUGUUUCACUGCAUUUUUUCCACCAUAUUCUUCUCAAAGGAAGUCCUUGUUAUGGAUCUUC